UCGUCGGUACGCAGCCGGCGGUGCGGAUCUGCCUCCUGACAGCAGGUGAGGUCAAAUGCAGGAGCGAGGAGCGGAAGUGGUUUGCUGACAGGUGCAGAGAAGUUGUUUCAGCUCCGAUGGAACAAAUGGGCGACGUGAAGACGGUGCUGGUCGAGAGCCUCAUCGUUUGGGAACGAGCCAGCAGUCCAGUGAGGGUGAAGUUACCACCAGGACGCCCAACUUCCUCCGGUUCAUUCGAUCCUCAUCGGGUUCAAAGAGCUAAUCCACUUAAGCAGGAGAUAUUUGUGGAAUGUCUUUGUAUCUUUAACUCUUUUCGUUAACGUUAUUCAAGUGAUUAAACGGAGCUGUCACCUGCAGCAGCAUACGUACCUUUAUACCUUUUAUACAUGGCGAGCUGUAGCUGCAACUGCUCCUGUCCUGCUCCUUGGCUGUGAGUCAGUUCAUUUGUUAAUCAGAUCUCAUGUCAACUUCAUCUGACUUUUAAAUCCUGCGGCUGGAUCUGAGCCGCAUCACUUACUGAUCCGGUUGUUGAUCAACAGUGUCACUAAGUGAUUGUAUGAUCUGGUACCACACUCAAUAAACCACUUUGUCUCCAGAGAGUCAAUCACUUAAGUUUUAAAGUUAACUGAAGUUGAACUGUAGAUGUAGGGCUGGGUGAUGAGGCCAACAUGUACACAUCAGUAGAUAUUGAUAAAUAUCACGAAAUUUUUUUUCUUUUUUUAAUGUAUUUUAAGUUUAAAGACCGAAUUUUGCUCCUGAUUUUUGUUGUGGUUUUAAACUUCAUUAGCAGAGAAUCGUAAAUAUUUGAUAAACCGCAUUUUACAGAUCUGAGGUUGAUCUAUUCCGUGUUGCACCUCCUCACUGCGGAUUUUGUCAUAUUGCUACUGAUGAAAAUGAUAUUGUGAAAAUGAUUGUAUUGUGUCACCCAGGGCAAGGUCGAUGCCAGUGUUUCAAAUUUUUUGGGCUGACACCUCAAUCUGUAAACAGCAGCGUGUGUGCUUUAGGAAAUGAGUUGUACUCCAACAAGAUUUUCAACUUACACCUUCGCUGCUACUUAAAUUAUGUAAAUGUAAUUUCUUCUUUGCCACUAAUAUCUGCCUUUCGACCGGCCACAUUGAUGUCCACCGGUUCAUCAGUUCUUUCCUCUCCUUUACUUAUUCUUCAUAGUGGUUUUGAGACUCGAGCUUUGCUGCAGUGUCGUGGAGAAAACCUCGGGGGAUUGGUCGGUUAAUGAAGUGCAUGACUGCAUAAUGCACUGUUUGAACUUUUAAUGUUGACCAGUCCCUGUGAUGGUGCUGUGUUUUCUGCCUCUCAGCUGCAGACCUUUAACACUACUGCACCCUGCACAACAGUGGAGGAGCUGACCACUGGAGUGGCAAUUUCACAGGCGCUGCAUCAGAUAGACCCAGCAUGGUUCGAUGAUGGAUGGCUUGGUCGCAUCAAAACAGAUGUUGAGGACAACUGGAGACUGAAGAUGAACAACCUGAAGAAGGUCCUUCAGAUGGUGGUUGAUUAUUAUAAUGAGGUCUUAGGUCAGGAGAUCUCAGACUUCCCUUGGCCAGAUGUGGCCCUGGUGUCAGAGCAUUCAGACCCUGUGGAGUCGGGCAGGCUGCUGCAGCUCAUACUGGGCUGUGCUGUCAGAUGUGAGCGUAAACAAGAAUACAUUCAGAUCAUCAUGACUUUGGAGGAGUCUGUGCAGCUUGUUGUCAUGACAGCCAUCCAGGAGCUCAUGAGUAAAGAGACCAAGGGCCCAUUUGGAGCAGAGCAUUCAGGGGACCUUGAACAGCAGUUAAAAAAAUCCUGCGAGGACCUUGCUGAACUUUUAGCCGAGAAGGAAGCACUAGCCCAACGCUGUCAAGAGCUGGAUAUACAGGUGGCCGGACUGCAAGAAGAACGAAAUAGCCUAUUGGCUGAGAAUGAUGUCUUAACUGACCGAACCAAUCAGCUUGACACAUUCGAUGACCCUAGCACACCCUCAGGGAGAAAACACAGCCAAUUACAGCAGCAGCUGGAGACACUGCAGGAGGAGAACUUCAGGCUGGAGGCUGCAAAGGACGACUACCGGAUCCACUGCGAAGAGUUGGAGAAGCAGCUAAUUGAGGUGCAGCACCGUAACGAUGAGCUCACCAGCCUGGCAGAAGAAUCCCGAGCUCUCAAAGAUGAACUGGACGUUCUGAGAAACUGCUCAGAUCGAGUGGUGAUGCUGGAGGCCUCAGUGGACACAUACAAACGCAAACUGGAGAAUCUGGGCGAUCUGAAGCGGCAGAUGAAGCUGCUGGAGGAGAAUAACAUGACCUACAUGCACAACACUGUCUCACUGGAGGAAGAGCUACGCAAGGCCAAUGCUGCCCGGGCGCAGCUCGAGACGUACAAGAGACAGGUCCAGGAGUUACACAACAAGUUGUCUGAGGAGACAAGGCGAGCAGACACUCUCGCCUUUGAGAUGAAGAAGCUGGAGGAGAAGCACGAAACUGUGAUGAAGGAGAAAGAGAGGACAAUCAUUGAAAGAGAUUCUCUGAAGGAGAUCAAUGAGGAGCUGAGAUGCACUCAGGCUCAACAGCACCAGCUCUCCCAAGCUCAAGCAGGGAUAAUUCCUUCUGCCAGCCCCAGCCAUGAUAACCUGGCAGCUGAAUUAAUACCGAUUGAGUACAGAGAAAAGUUCAUCAGGCUGCAGCAUGAGAACAAGAUGCUCAGAGUGCAGCAGGAGGAAAAUGAGCAGGAGAAGAUCGCUGAUCUGCAGGCUCAGCUGGAGGAAGCACAUAAGACGCGCAGUGAACUGGACACCGAGAACAGAUUGAGCCGAGAGCAGAUCAGUGAGCUGCAGCAGCAGGUGGAGGACCUCCAGAAGGCUCUGCAGAGUCAGGCGGCAAAACCCGAUGAUUCAAACCUAAAGCGGAAACUGGAUGCACACAUGGUUCAGCUGAACGAGGCUCAGGAUGAAAUCAUGAAGAAGAAAGAGCUGCUGGAGGAUCUUCAGCCUGACAACACCCAGACCUCCUUGAAGGUGGAUGAGCUGAUGGCUGCUCUGAAGAAGAAGGAUGACGACAUGCGCGCCAUGGAAGAGAGGUACAAAAUGUAUCUGGAGAAAGCUCGUAAUGUGAUCCGAGCACUGGACCCGAAGUUGAAUCCAGCCACCGCUGAGAUCCAGGCCCUGAGGAACCAGUUAGCAGACCGGGACAAGCAGAUGGUCAACCUGGAACGUCAGUGUGAGCAGGCCCGGCUGAAAGAGCACGAGGAGAAGCUGAUUGUCACAGCUUGGUAUAACAAGAGUCUGAACUUUCAGAAGUUGGCCAUUGAGUCACGUCUUGGCGGCCGCACCUCCUCCGCGCUGUCCCCUGGCCAGUCCUUUUUGUCCCAGCAGCGGCAGGUCUCAAACGCCCCACGCCGGGCACUCUCCAUCAGCGUGCCUGCCACCACCUCCAAAUAGACCUUGUCACAGAGCCAAAUGUCUCACCUUUGUUCAGUGAAGGGGAAAAAUACCCUCCCUCCAUCCCAAAAGUGAGCACUCAAGUGACCUUAAACACUACAUCUGCUCUCAGGGUCAUACAGUGGGAGUGUGGAUCGAUGAACACAAAACCCUGUAAGUCACCAAGAGUAUACUGUCCCUCUCUUGCAUAGAGCGUUAACAUCACAACCUGUGUUCAUCUCACUAGCUAAAGUUGUGCACACGCUCCCUACCACAGACUUAGAGCUUCAUACUUCUUUGUGUUUCUGCUUUGGUGACUGCAGUCUCAGCCGAACACUUAGCCUUUGCUUCGUUAUAUCCUGUCACACUUGGUCAGAAAUGAGGGACGUGGACAAUCUUUAUUCAGAUUUGGAGACUGUAAAAUAUAUGAAUGUGAUUUUUUUUUUUUUAAGUUACUUGAAUGCUAAUGACAACUAAAUGUAAGUUAAUAUGAUUGUUGAUGUACGUAUAACAGAUGCAUCAUACUAUGCAGCGAAGAGGGGACCUUUAAGGAAAUGAUUGCUAUAGUUGGUGCUGGCCACCAACUACUUUUGGGCAUCAAACAUCAGUAACUUAGUUUUUUUUUUCUUUUUAAUGGAACAAGCCCAUAAUACAUAGCUGUGAAAACCUUAUAAGUCACAUUAAGUGAUCAACCUCUGAGGUGCUGCAACGACAAAUCACACAAAAUAAAUUGUAUUUCUCAUGUCUUUAGACUCUUAAAUGUGAUUAGACUCCGACAGGGAGCAUUGUCUAAAUGAAAAGUGACAGACCUUUUUUUAUUCACUGAAUAUGUUGAGCUUUAUUUAGUGGUAAGUAAUCAGGACUAUAGUCAAUGAAGUUAUACUGCUUAAUGUAAAGAUGAUUUUAACACCAGCCCCUGAUCCUGAUGUUGGGACCUGGUUCAGGAUUCAUACAAUUGUAACUGUAGAGGUUUGAUCCCUAUAGAGCUGCAGAGAAGCAGUUGAUCCCUUUGAUAUCUCUGGUUAUUGGCCAUCUGAUCUGAUGGAGUCUUAAGUACAAUGGCUGUUGAUUGAUUGUUGAUUGCUUUGUUCAUCUCUUUGUUUGCAGUAACACUAAAGGGUCAUUUCUGUCUUCAUGGUUUCUGAUCUACAGAUGUUUGUUAAAGCGCUUUUAUUUUCCUUUGCAGUGGCUGAUUCUUGUACAUUCCUGAUUUAAAAGUAGUGUCAUAAAAUUUGGAGUACGAGCAAAAGCAUUGCAGCACAGAGACCACAUGUUUAGUGUCACAGGUUUGUGUACAAAUGAAGAAAAGUGAGGAAGGCAUUGUGAAGUUUUAAAGCCUUUGUGAUUUUUUGUGAAUAAAUAAAUAAAUCAUUUUUUCUAUGGUGUCACAUUAA